CUUGCUUUUUCCUUUUUUGCGAUGAUGCAGUCGCCGGAGUUGCUAUCGGCGUCACCCCUCGAGGGGGGGUCCCCCUCACCUGUGACCACGGAGGUGCCAGACACAGACUCCGAUGUGGACAUGGCCAUGAUAGAGCCCAAGAAGACCACCAAGACCUUCAAGGCCAAGGAGAUGGAGACCAAGGGUGAGACCAAGGACAAGGCCACGGGUGAGCCUGUGAAGGAGACCAAGGACAAGCAAGGCCGUCAAGGCCGUGGAGGAGACCAAGAACAAGGAGAGCAAGGCCGUCAAGGCCACGACGGGCAAGCCCGUGAAGGAAACCAAGGAGGCAGUCAAGGCCACAAAGGGCGAGCGCGUGAAGGAGACCAAGGACAAGGAGAGCAACAAGGUCAAGGCCACAAAGGGUGAGCCAGAAGGAGGGC